GUGACUCGUUUCACUUUCCCCUUGCGCUUUGGAUCUGCACGCAUGAUAGUGAUCGGUGCUAGUUUGCGGAAAACAAGAGAGCUGCAGGUCUGGUCCUUUUAAAACUGGCCCUAAUACUUUAUAAGUUCCGGAUCAUAAAGGUGACGAUGGGAAGGACUCUGCUCCUGGCGCUUAUCUUGUGGAGAAGCGUUUAUGGAAAUCCUGCAGAGUCCGCAUGCUCCCAGCCCCCUGUGUUUGUGCCCACCGACACCCUUAGGGAUCAACAAUCAACCUUGGGCUUCACCGUGACCCUGAACUGCACUGCCCUGCUACCUUGGGACCCCCAGGAGCCACAGUGUGACUCCACCCUGCACUGGAGCAGAGAUGGGAGUCUUCUGUCCAACCUCACCAAGCAACAGAACUUCUCAGAGUUCCUCCACAACACGUCUCAGAAGGUGGCGAGCAGCCUGCUGGAGCUCACGCUCCGUGAGCCCUCUGACUUCGGCUUGUACAUCUGCACCGUGAGGAACAUCUCGGCUCAUUUCCAGCUCCAGGAAAUGCGAGCUGCCAGUCACUUGGCAGUGGUCAUUGCAGUGAUGGUGCUCCUCCUCAUCCUGGCUUUGGCCAUCCUGAUCUUCUCAAAGUGCCACCUUGACAUCAAGCUGUGGUAUAGGAACACCUAUGGAGACUUUGAGAUGAAUGACGGCAAGUUAUAUGACGCCUAUGUGUCCUACGCCAACAAUGAAAAUGACCGGAAGUUUGUCAACUUCAUCCUAAAGCCACACUUGGAGAACAAGCAGGGAUAUAAGCUACACCUGGAUCAUGGGAACAUCUUACCUGGUUCAGAGCCGUCCGCAGAGCUGCUGAUGAACGUUAGCCGCUGCCGGCGCCUCAUUGUUGUGCUGUCCCUGUCAUACCUGGAGCAGGACUGGUGCACCAGCAACCUCCGGGAGGGCUUGUGGCGGCUGCUGGAGCUCUCCCAGAAGCCCAUCCUCAUCACCUGGGAGACGCAGAGGCAGCACAUGGGCCCAGACACGCUGCGGCUGCUACACGACAGCAGGCAGCGGUUCACCCUCCUGACCUGGAGCUCCUACUCCAUGACUCCUUCGUCAGCGUUCUGGAAGGAGCUGUCCUUAGCGCUGCCCCGGAAGAUGGCCUAUCACUGCCCCCCCAUGACGACCCCCCAGACCCUGCUGCAGGAUGACAGGGACCCCAUGCUCUCCUUACACCCAGACUACCUCGACUGCCACCCCGAUCCCGACUGUGACCCAUCGGGUGACCUUGGGCUACGACUCCCCGUCUACAAGACCCUGAAAAGCAGAGCUCCCAGCCUGCCGGCUGCCCCCCCUCAACUGCCCCCAGUGGCAGAAGCAAAGCCCUUCGAUAUAGACGUCUCUGACUUGGGCUCCAGGAACUAUGGUGCCCGUGCUGACUUCUACUGUUUAGUCACUAAGGACGACGUUUGAAAGCUGACGAGCUGAGCUGCCAAUCCUGCCCUCGCCUUCAUUUUUCUAACUGUGGUGAGACGCAAAUUGAGCCGUCCAGGUGACCACUGGUGUACUUGUACUCCUGCAUUACCCAGAAGAAGAAUUGGGAGAUCAAGGAUUGAUGUUGAGGGAGGGAGUUGUUCCUAGAACCCUUUUCAGACUGGUCCUGAAUCCUCAUCACCUCUGCUCCGGUCUGAGUUAAGGCCUUUUUCCAGCUCACUCCCAGCACCUAGAGCUCUUGCCAAAGAGCCAGAUCUGUGGUGCAUGUGAUGCAGGUGUUUGUCACUGCACCGCCUUGAUCUUGCACUGGGUGGUGCUAUGGAGCAGAAGCAUAUCUCCUGUAAGAAUCAAAGGUAUUAGAAAGGGCAGAGUGUAUGCAGGAUUUAACAUUUAAUUCAGUGCUGAAAGGACCUGGAACCUACAUUUAGACGUGUUUUGUCUGAAGAUGAUUUGAAGAAUGAUUUUAAUUUAAUUGAUAAUCUAAUUUAAUUACUGGAAGUUAAAUAAUUUGUAACAUAACUUUUGACGAACUGAAACCCUUUUGGAGAGAUUUUGUGAAUAUUUAUGUGUAUAUCAAAAUUUUUAAGUUAUAUUUCCAUAUUGAUUUCUAGUUUAAUGUCAUAUUUAAUGAAGAGUUUAAACACAAAAUAAGCUUUGGUUAACAUUUCUGUUGGUUAAAUGUUAGUUUGUAGUUUUGAAGUGUGAAUAUUUUGCUUGUUGGGAAAAAACUAACAUAACUGAAAUUAAAAACUAUUUCUUAUGUUUGUUAUAAUGGAAUCUGAGUCAUUUUCAUCAGUUAUGUGUCAACUGGCUUGCAAAUCUAGUGGGGAAAAAACUAUUUAAGAAGGUCAAUUCCCAGCUUAGGAAGCUAUGGAAAAAUACUGUACAUCUCUGUGAAUUUAUCAACCUUGGGAUUCUCAUUACAUCCACCAGAAAGGUAGAUACUGUUUACUUACUAGUUGUAACUAAAAUAAACAUAUUCUUGCAAUUGUGAA